AUUCGUAUUUCUCUUAUCCAUAUUUCGCAGAUAAAUUUUUUAGUCUGUGAAGUAAAAUUGCAUUUUAUAUGUGGCUAUUUGAAAGUUUUAUUGUAAAGAUAAUGCUCAUGUAAUACAAAUUUCCUUCAAAUAUUAGAGGAAUUCACAAAUAAAAAUUAUUCUACCAAGUGUAAUUUUGUUGUAAUAAUUUAUAUCAAAUGUAUAUAAGAAUCCUAAAGUUAAAAAAUUUGUGCGUGUGUCUUGUGAGUGGCUGUAGGAAGGACAUUGAUUAGAGGUUAUAUUAAUAAGCUUAUAGCUAUACGAGAAUAAAGAGGAGACACGAACAUGGCACAACGCAACAAUGCACGCAUCGAUCGCUUUGCUCAGAUGACAAAGCAGGAGGAGAUAAUAGCAAAGAAACGACAGGAGAUUUUGGAGAAACAAAGAACAGUGCAACUGGCCAAAGCAGUGGCAGCAGCACAGACUUUAGCUGCAAAAAUGAAGUCAGACAUUAAUGGUACUGAAACAACUGAAGUAAUAAAUGAGACGUGUGUGGAUAUUAAAAAAGAUGACACUUUACUUUCAACGUCAAUUAUUGCUGAGUUGACACCUAAAGAAAAGCCAUCCACCAGUGAUAAAAGCGAUUCGUUGGUAAAAAGUAAAAAGGAGGAAGUAGCUGACUCAACCACCGCAAAAUCGUUAAAUUGUUUCACGGGAAAAACUGGAAAAAUAUCAUUUGGUUUAAAACGUUUACAGGCGCCAGUUACUGAACAACCACCACCAAAAGUGGUUAAUUCUUUCUGUAAUGAUGGGUCAUUUUUGGAAAACUUCAAAAAAAUUUUAGAGAAGCAUGAGCCAAAGCAAACACAGGUUAUAUCAACUCCAGAAUCAAAUGCGGAUUCUGCAAUACCUGAUCAGCCAUCUGCGACUCAGCCCAACGAAGACGGUGUAGUGGAAUCGAACAGGUCAAUAGACUCGCCUGCGCAAGGUCAGCACGAGAUUGUGCAAAAAUCUCAACAACAAUCCAUUUCACAAUCAAGUAUACAACAAUCUCUGUCGCACCCAAUUGUGUCGUCGAUGACUCCGGCACCAAUGCAGCUUAUGCGGUCAAUGCAACCGCAACAACAAACACAGCUUCAGCAACUUCCAACGCACCAACAUCAGCCACAGCCAUCAAUCCAACAACAAUCGGGGCAAACAAGUCUUUUGCACCCACCUCCACCAGCUCAACCACCAUUUCUUUUUAAUCAUCCACCACAACCGCCGCCUGUGCCACCACCCCAUCCUAUGCCGGGAGCAUUUUUUGCCGCCGCUCCGCCCCCUCCCCCUCCACCUCAGCUACCCAUGGCUUUAACCUUGGGGCCGCUGUAUAUGAUACCAGCGCCUGAGCCUAUGCAACUGAAUACCAUACCGGCGCCAAAGGAAUUUGAUUUGAAUGCCAUACCUAAUCCACAGAUGAACGUGGAGGCAAUUCAAAUGCCACACGGUAUACAACAGCGACAUCAUCAGGUAUUGCAAGCACAACAACCACAACAACACGAUCAAAUGCUACAAAUCCAACCACAUCAACAAUUGCAACAAAUGCAAAAACCAUUAAGUGACCAUACAAAACCUCCACCGCCACCUCCGCAACUGCCGCCACAGUUGCAACAAUUGCAAGGUCAACUGCCGCCACUAUUACAACAUGCACAGCAAUUUCCAGCAAACCACCCGCACCAACAGCAACAACAACCACUAUCACAGCAAACACCGCCACCACCUCCACCACCGCAGCAACAACAAGUCGAAGAUCAAAGCAGUCCCACUCGAAAAGCAGUUUUUUCAGACAACAAUGACCACAGUUGCUCGCGCAUACAGUUACCAACAACUGUUGAACACUUAAUCGAGUUGGUUGGCGAAAAUGGGGAUGGUUAUGAAGAUAAAAUACGUUCGCAUAAAAACGAACUGCAUCCGGCAUUGUGGUUUCUGUUUGAAAAAAAUUGCGAGCAAUAUCACAAUUACCGGCAACAAUUGAAUGGACAUCGUCGCCGCAAGCCACACGAUCAGCAGAUGCAAGGGCACAGUCAACAGCAAUGCAAAUCGCCAAAGCAACAGCAAAGGUCGAAUCAGCCGCUAACGCGCUCCGAUAAUCAAAAUCCAAUUGAAGUGGAUGAGGAUUCCAGCGACAGUGGCGAGCUGCAAGAGCACCAACAGGAAGCGCUUUACCGCUACCAUCAGAAGCAAAGACAACAGCAACAACAGCGUGAACAAUCAUCGCCACAAGGUGUGAACGAACAUGAUGCAGCUGAUAAAUAUGACCCAGAGUCGGCUAUAAGCGGUGAUGUGGACUCAGAUGACGAAUACAUGCGCGGUAUGUUGGAUCGCAAUCGUGAUAAUUUAAAGCGUCGCAUUGAGUGCCGCAAUGAGCUGAGUGAAGAAGAGCGUCAAGAACGUGAAGCUGAAGCUGAGUUGGAGGAGCAACGUCGCCAAGAGCGCAAGAAGCAGCGCAAAAGUCGCUGGGGCGAGAAAGUGCUGGCGUCCACCAGCGCCGGUGCCCCUUCAGAUACAUUGUCAAAUGUACCUACUUCAUUUGCCAAUCAAAAUAAACCGAUGCUGUCCGCCAUAACACGCAAUGAUCCAGCAUUGCUGCAAUAUGCGCGUCUUAAUUAUGGUUCCACUAAUCUUAGCGAAGAGGACUGGAAGAAGUGCGAAGAGCACUAUAAAGUGAAUUUGUUGUAUCAGGACAUGAUGCGAAAGCGACAAGAGAUCGAUCGUCUCGCACGUAGCGGCAAAUUUAAAUAUGAAUACGACUCGGAUGAAGACGUCGAUGGUGGCACAUGGGAGCAUAAACUACGUUGCGCUGAGAUGGAAGCCACCAAAUUAUGGGCAACAGCAUUGACGAAACAAAGUGAGGGCAAACAUCAUAUUGGUGACUUUUUGCCACCCGAAGAACUAAAGAAGUUCAUGGAACAAUAUGAAGCGAAGAAGAGUAACCGUCAACCCGAUUUGAGCGAUUACAAGGAGUAUAAAUUGAAGGAAGACAAUAUUGGUUUUCAAAUGUUACAAAAAUUAGGCUGGAAAGAAGGACAGGGUUUGGGCACAGAUGGCGCCGGUAUAGUUGAUCCAGUUAAUAAGGCACCGCAAAGGGACGGUAACCAGGGUCUGGGUGUGGCCAGUGCCGCUACGCCUGAGGAUUGCGACAAUGAAUAUGAUGCAUACCGUAAACGCAUGAUGUUAGCUUAUCGUUUUCGACCCAAUCCACUGAAUAAUCCUCGUCGCGCCUAUUAUUAAACGGAAAUGCGGGCACAUUAUUCGCAAAAGGUUGUGGAUGGAGUAAAAUUUUUCAGUCUUAAUGCGAUUUACAAAUAUAUACUGAUAUUUAUGUACAUUUACGUAUUAACUAUGACGUAAAAUAUCCUUUAAUCCAACAAGUUCUCUUUAAAACGACAAAGUGUAAAACAAUUAUUCAUGCAUAAAAUACGAAGUAAUUACAGAAUACAUAUUUGGUAUUUCCUUGUUGAUGUAAAAUA